AUGUGCCGACAAAAUAAUUUAAUCGUCGCUAAAAACAUUGAAGAGAAUAUUGAAAAGAAUAACUCAAUCAACAAAAACAAACAUGUAAUGAUAACUGGAGGAAAUCAGGGAAUUGGGCUACAAACAGCUUUAUUAUUAGCUAGUAGAGGUUGUUAUGAUAUAACAAUAGCUUGUAGAAAUCAGAGAAGAGCUGAGACAGCAUUGAAACAACUUAAGGAAAGAGCUGAACAAUCUAAUAAUUUUAAAAGUAAAUUCUCUUGGCUUUCUCUGGAUUUGUCCUCUUUGAGGAAUGUUGAAAUUCUGAUGGAAAGAAUUAAAAAAGAAAAAAUUAUUUUCGACAUAAUUAUUCUCAAUGCCGGUGUUUUACUUCCAAAAGAGAAAAGUACUAACGACGGGUUUGAGCCAACUUUCCAAGUUAAUUUUCUCGGUCAUUUUCUACUUAUCGAUGGUAUUGUUAAACAUCAAUGCCCUAACCAUUCUCUUCGAGUAAUUACUUUAACUUCUGUUAUACAAAGACUUGUUGGUAAUAUAUUCCCGUUGGAAAAAAAUGUUGAGAAAUGGCCAGAAAUGUUUCAAAACGCCAAACGUUGGAAGGCAUAUGCUUUAAGUAAAUUUGCGACGGCAAUGCUUGCCCACCAUCUAAACAAUUUUUAUGGCGAUUCUGUAAAAGCUUUUGCAGUUCAUCCAGGAGCUGUUAGAACACAAAUGUCUGACAAUGUUUGUCAUAAAGGAACGAGAAAAAUGCUUUUCUUCCUGAGACGUUUGCUGAUUGAACCGGAGACGGCAGCCAAAAACGUUUUGUUUUGUGUUGACAACAAUUUAAAGAAUGGCCAAUACAAACAUGCAAAUUGCAUCAAAAAAUUACCUGCGGCUACAAGAAAACAAAAAAACAUUGAUGCUUUAAUUGAAACUAGCAGAAAGUUAAUUGAACAAUUCAAGUUAAUUGAACAAUUUUAG